AUGUCAUCCCUAGGCUCCACAACUUCUUCUUCCACUCCAUCAAGCCAAACUUCUGAACUAUGCGCUGUUUGUGGUGGGAAAGCGAGUAGCAGUCGGUAUGGAGCCUUGUCUUGUAUCGGAUGUCUUGUAUUCUUCCGAAGAAUGACUUGCGGCGAGAAAAAGUGGUAUUGCCUGCGGAAUCGGAAUUGCGAGAUCAAUAUAGCUACAAGAAACACAUGCCGUGCAUGCCGACUUCAGAAAUGCCUGAACGUAGGAAUGAAUCCAAAUGCCAUUCAGCGACGGGACGAAAUUGGGCCGAGAAAACCGAAGGUUUCUAAGUUCAGCCAAAAGCAAUAUAACGCUGCAACCUCGAGCGAAUGUGCAAUGUGCCUACAUAUAGGAUUUCAAAAUGCAUUGGAAUGGGCAAAUCAACUCGAGUCUUUUUCAAUGUUAAGCCAUGUAGACAAGCAGAAUAUUUUAUCAGAAUAUGGUAUUGCAUUCACACUUAUUGAUCAAGGUUACAAGACGGCACGCGAUGCUGAUGAACAAUGCUGGUUACUUCAGAAUGGCAGUGUGCUGCAUUGUGAGCAACUUUUCAACAGUUCUGAUGCUGACUUGGUCAACCAGUUGAUUGCAAAUAUCAGUCAGCCAUUGAAACGUCUAGAACUAGAUGAAUAUGAAUGUGGCCUGCUGAAAUCAUUGCUUCUGCUGUCUUCCUCGUUUCCUGGCGAAGUGCAACUAAACUCACAGCAAUCUCGAGCAAAAUGUUUAACAGAAAUGCUACAACACAGAAAUGAUCCAGAACGGUUUGGAGAAAUUAUUUUACUAAUCGGUUCAAUUAGAAGUUCAGUUAAAUUAUUUUAUAACCAAACGAAACGUUCAGACCUUUUCAAUGUUCUCAAUUUUAGUUAUUUUGUUAGGAAUAAUAUGGCUUGUUGAACUUGUUAACUUGAUUUAUGUAUUUUAAAAAUGUCGAAAUUGAGAGUAAACAACUACACUGCAACUUAUUUUUUGAACGAGGGACGAGGAAAAGCGGUUUCUAAAAAAUUGCUCAUCUGUAAACGUUUACGCAUUGUGUUUGAAUAUGUUGUGAUUUAAUCUUUCUCGAGUUUAUAACAAUCAAAACACUCACUAAUAUUAAUGAAAAUUACAUUUAC